AUGGCCUCGAUCGAUAGGCUGAGCAGCUUGCCGGACGACGUCAAAUGCCACAUUCUCUCUUUUCUCCCGACAAAGCUCUCAGUGGCGACCAGUGUUCUCGAAAAAAGAUGGAGGUCUCUAUGGGCCCAUGUACCCUGCUUGCAUUUCAGAGGAGGCGAUUUCAGGAAGAAAGGAACACAAACCUCGGAAGAUCUCUUGUUAGAAGAAACACAAGACUUGGACGACGAUUUCUGGUUAGAACAAACACAAGCCUUGGACGAUUUCAUGGCAGAAGAAGCAACACAAGACUUGGACGAUUUCAUGGAAGAAGAAGAAGAAGAAGAAGGAACACAAGACUUGGCCAAUUUCAAGGAAGAAGGAACACAAGCCUUGGACAUCAUCCACAAGGUUAUAUUGCGGCACAAGGCAAAAAUAAUGGAUACUCUUACACUUUCUAACCUGAAAUGCAACGAGUAUCAACUGGAGACAUUGAUUACAACUGCCAUCGACCGUAGUAUUCGGAAUCUUUAUCUUGAACUUGACUUGGAUACAAUUCCUCGAUGCCUCUUCGACUGCAAAACCAUUGUCGACUUGAAGCUUGGUAUGAGUAGAGUGUCACUCUCUGGUAUGGACAAUGUCUCUCUACCUAGCCUCAAGAAGUUUUGUGUUUAUAAUCUUAUAUGCGAGAAUGAUGAUGCACUUCCUCGCUUUCUAUCUGGCUGUCCGUCACUCGAAGAGUUGAUUAUACUAUUCAUGUUUGUGGAAGUAGAUGAUUAUUUUGGCUGCAAAGAUAUAUCAUCACCCACGAUACAGAUGCUUAAGCUCUCUUUUGACCAUUUCUAUUCUCCAUCCCGCCUUGGAUAUACGAUGGUAAUAAAUUGCCCUGCCCUUAGGUAUCUCCAAGUGGAUGGCUAUGACUUGAAGUGUAUGACUAUUCCUAUAAACAUGAUCUCCUUAGCUGAGGCAAAUAUCCGCUUAAGAUAUUAUUGCUUCUCAAAUCCCAAAACGUAUUACAAUUCCACGGUGGUGAAGUUUCUUCAUUCUCUUUGUUAUGUAAAGUGCCUAAAGAUAUCAGGUUGGGAAUUUGAGGAGUUUGUUCGUAGAGGACUUGCUUGUUCAAAUGUCAAGUUUGAUAAUUUAACCAAACUUGAAAUUCGAUUCAACUUCAAAUGGAAUUUGCUUGUAAAGUUCCUUGAAGUUGUGGAUAAUCUUGAAGUUCUUAUUGUGAUCUUGAAGAAGGAUAUUUCUGUCAGGAGCCCGAACAAGUACCUAAAUGCCUAUUAUCAUCUCUAA